AUGGCUGCAACUCGGUCAAAUUCAGGGGACUUCAUCAGCCUUCUGAGUAGCGAGGAUGAGCGCCCCUUGCCAAAGAAAAGGAGAUCCCCAAACGACAGCCUGGCUAGCAACGAUGGGCCAAAUGCUUCUACAGAACGCUCCAAGCGUGCUCGGAUAAGCUCAGCCUCUGCUGAUAGCAUCACAGGCGCCAAGGUGUCGGAAGAAGGAGAAAUUGAUGAGGAUUUUGAGGGUGAGGUUUACACACCUGAUACAGGUAGCGAGGGGAGGAGAUCAGGGGACUCUGCAUCGGGCGCCGUCUUUCUUCCCAGAGAACCCCCAGUCUAUACAAACGACUCGCUAUCCCUUCAACUGCCGGUGUUUUCACAGCAAAGGGAGGGCUCAUGGCCUGUAAGGUUCAAGGAAUGGGUGCAGCUUCUGUAUACGACCAACUCAUCGCAGGCUGCUGAGCUUACACCUACAUUAAUUCGAGCUGCUUACGCUCAGUACAUCGAUAUUCACAGCAGAUUGAAGUCGAACAAAAAGCGCAGUGCGAAGCUGGGCGCUGAUGGCUUUGAAGACGCAUCUCUGGCACAGUUGCUGGCAUCUCUUCGGCCGGCGGCUGCGCACACACAGCAAACGGCAAACGGCUUGACUGAGCCUCAGGGCCAGGCAGGCGUGUCUGACCAGCUGCAAACGCCCGACAACAAGAACGAUCAGCCCACUGUCAGCGAUGGCCAGCCUGAUGAAUCGGCAGCACAAGCCAGCGGUGUUUUCGUCGUCGAUGUGAACCCACAACCUCUGCCUUCAAACGCGCAAAGGCAGCAGCCAGAACCCCAGCCUACCAAAAACGCCAUGCCCCCUCGAGAAGGCGUUCCGUCGGGCGAUGACGCCCUGCAGCAGCAGCAUCGAUACUUUCCUUCGGCUGCUGAUCCAUCCACCAUGUGCUUGCUCUGCGGACGAGAAGGCCACAUUGCAGACAGCUGCACGAACGACUCGUGCAAGUUUUGCGGGAAAAACGACCAUUGGGAUUAUUCGUGCACGUCCAUCAAACUCAGAUGUCGUAAAUGCAACCAGCUUGGCCACAAAGCUACCUCCUGUACGGAGAAGCUGGCCCUUACUAAGCAAGAAGGGCUCGCGUGUAGCUAUUGUAGCUCAUCCGACCAUCUAGAGACUGAUUGCACAGAGAUUUGGCGGUCAUUCCAUCCUGAAACGGGAACGAUCAAGACUGUCACCGCUUUACCAGCAUCAUGUUCUCUUUGCGGCAGCGCCAAGCACUAUUCCGGCGACUGCAGACAGAGAGGAGAUUCCGCGCCAAAUCCAACCUGGUCUUUGGCAAACAAGAGUCAAUAUAUCGACCCGACAUGCGGCUCAUUUGCGAUUUCCAGUGUUGCGGAGCCUGCAUCAAACCAACAGUCCGACCUGAGAAUCCGCGGCCACGCUUCCCGUGCCAACACUGUCCACUACUCUGAGGGCGAGGACUCUGACGAUGUGGAAUUCCUGGGUCAUCGAGCUGCACCGAAACCAGUGCGGACAGGCCGAAUUACCGUGUCGACCAACCUCCAUGCCCCCAAUGGAAGCCAGCAGCCUCCUCUUCCACCUGGCCCACCGCCUCCUUUGCCGCCACACUCGUCGAAUAGGCGUCCACCAGGCACAGCAAGACAAGCCUAUUCACAAGGACAAGUCGGAUCUUCGCUUCCUGCCAGACCACCAGUGUCUUCAGGGGUUUAUAGCAAUGUACCGCCCCCGCCCCCCGCGCCUGGAAGAGGAGGACGAGGCGGUGGACGAGGCGAUAGAGGUGGACGAGGUGGUCGAGGCGGUAGAGGAGGGAGCAGAGGCUACCGAGGAGGGAAGUUCAGGGGUGGUAAAUAUUGA